CAGCUUCCUGUUAUUGUUGUUGUUAUGGUUAUCGUAUGAUACUACUUCCUGUAAUCAUAUGACAAACGGGCUUUAUGUUGUCAUCAAGCUCUAAAGCACUUAAACGUCAACAGUUAUUCCUAAUUAACUUUAUUAAUCUUACCUGAUCCACCCAAUCUCUCAGCAACACCAUAGAACACUGUAUUUAUUGUAAUGUCUAUCUGACUGUGAAACACUCAACAAUGAAGAAAAAAACCUUAUGCUACAACAUCAAACAGAUCGAUACUCACAAUAAAGAAUCGGCUGGUUAAUCGAUAGCUGAAGUAUUUAAAUACACUUCAACGGAUGCUGAUCUGUUUGUUCCUUUACAACUUGUACCAGAAGAAUGCCGAUUCCAACAAAAAAUCUGCCACCAGUCAUUUAUAGAUGUUCUGUGUGUUUUAUCUCACAUAAUAUCUAAUUAAGCAUAUUCACAUUCAUUAAUGUAGAAACAGAAAUCUUUGGAGAGGAUCAUGUCAACAACAAGCAUAUUAGUUGUAAGCAGAAAAUAUGUCUACACUGCAUAUUAUCUGCUCAUGUAAACGGAAUCCCAUGAUAGCCAAAAUGAGAAAUUGAAUCAUGCUACAAACAUCUUUUGACUUAAAAAGAAUUCCUUAAAAAUUAAUAUGGGGGACACUUCUGACACAGCUAUAUAUACUAAUAUAGAUUCAGUUACACGGACAUACGAGAUUCAGAAAUCUUUAGGUAAGGAAGCAUUUACUAAACAAAGAUCAUUGCACAAAAAUAUUAUUGAAUAUCGGUGUGAGAUUUGUAGGAAAAUAUUCUCUUCAAAACAUGAAGUUUUAACACACAAAGAUACACACAAGAAGAAGAAGAAGAAGAGGAAAAUAUUUCAUUGUGAAAUAUGCAGGAAAAAUUUCAUUAAUAACAGUAAUUUAACAGCACAUAGAAGAGUCCAUACUGGAGAAAAACCGUUUCGUUGUGAGAUCUGUGGGAAAGGAUUUUGUGAUAAUUCUAGUCUUGUCGUUCACAACAGAAUCCAUACUGGAGAGAAACCUUAUCCCUGUGAAAUUUGUGAGAGAUCUUUUAUCUCUAACAGUAAGUUAACGACGCAUAGGCGAAUCCAUACUGGGGAGAAACCUUAUCGCUGUGAUGUGUGCGGGAAGGCCUUUGCGAUAAACAGUGUCUUGACAACACAUAGAAGAGUUCACACAGGGGAGAAACCAUUUCGUUGUGAGAUAUGUGGUAAAUCUUUCUCUGCUAAUUCUCAUCUUGUAGUACAUAGACGUUGUCACACCGGAGAAAGGCCAUAUCACUGUGAAAUUUGCGAGAAAGCAUUCGUUUCUAACAUUAAUUUGGCAACACAUACCAAAAGAGUUCACACUGGGGAAAAACCCUAUCAUUGUGAGAUAUGUGGGAAGUGUUUUGUCAGUAAUAGCGAUUUGAAAAGGCACAGAAGGGUACAUACGGGGGAGAAACCAUACCCUUGUGAAAUCUGUGGCAAGACUUUUUCUCUUAAUUCUCAUCUUGUUAUCCAUGUUCGUAGCCACACGGGAGAGAAACCAUUCCAAUGUGAAAUCUGUGGCAAAGCUUUCUCUUUAAAUUCGAAUCUUGUUAUUCACAUACGUAGUCACACUGGAGAGAGACCCUAUCGCUGUGAGAUCUGUGGCAAAGCAUUCGGUCAGAAUUCCUCCCUUAUAGUACAUAAACAAAUACACACAUGAACAAAACAUUACCAUUAUGGGAUGGAUAUGGGUCUUGGAAUUAUAAAGCUGCAAACUUAGAUACACUUAGA